AGAGUGCGCAUGCUGCAGAGUCAGGAAAGCUGAGGGUCUGCAAUAAUAACUGGAGCAACAUGGCCAGACUUUUAAAUACACUUCAUGUGCAAUUAAGAAGAGAUUUGAACCUGUGCAGGAAGGUGAGGGGAGUCACAGUGCGGAGUUUCAGCUGUAAACUGCAGAAAGACACAGAGGAGAAAAACGAUAGAGGUGUAGGUGCUUUGGGGAAGAGGCUGAAGGAUACCGCCGAGACUCUGAUCAUCGGAGGAGGAUGUGUCGGUGUGAGUCUGGCCUACCAUCUGGCCAAAGCCGGACAGAAGGAUGUGGUGCUUCUGGAGAAGUCCGAGCUGACUGCUGGAUCUACCUGGCAUGCUGCUGGACUGACGACUUACUACCAUCCAGGGAUCAAUGUAAAGAAGAUUCAUUAUUACAGCAUUAAACUGUAUGAGCAGCUGGAGGCAGAGACAGGCCAGGCUGUGGGCUUCCAUCAACCAGGAAGUGUGAGGAUUGCCUCAACUCCGGUUCGAGUGGACGAGAUGAAGUACCAGAUGGCCCGCACUCACUGGCACCCCACACCACAGUUCUUCAUCGAACCUGAGAAAGUCCACGAGCUCGUCCCUCUGCUCAACAAGGACAAGGUCUUAGCAGGUUUGUACACUCCCGGUGAUGGACACAUUGAUCCGUACUCUCUCACCAUGGCUCUCGCUGCAGGAGCUCGGAUGUACGGCGCCCAGAUCUACAACCCCGCCCCUGUGACCGGUCUCGUCCCGACACCUGAUGGCAGAUGGGAUGUCCAGACACCUUACGGUAUCAUCCGCGCCAACCGCAUUGUCAACGCCACAGGUUUCUGGGCACGGGAACUGGGCCAGAUGGUUGGUCUGGAGCAUCCCACUAUUCCCGUCCAUCACCAGUACGUUGUGACGUCGACGAUUCCCGAGGUGAAGGCCCUGAAGAAAGAGCUGCCUGUGAUUCGGGAUCUGGAAGGUUCGUACUACUUGCGUCAGGAGAGAGAUGGCUUGCUGUUCGGGCCCUAUGAAAAGGAGGAGAAGAUGAGGCUGCAGGACUCAUGGGUCCGAAAUGGAGUCCCUCCAGGUUUUGGUAAGGAGCUGUUUGAAUCAGACCUGGAUCGCAUCAUGGAGCAUGUGGAAAUGGCCAUGGAGAUGGUUCCUGUCCUCAAAAACGCCGACAUCAUCAACAUCGUGUCUGGACCGAUCACAUACACCCCAGACCUGCUGCCCAUGGUGGGGCCACAUCAGGGACUCCGCAACUACUGGGCCGCCAUCGGCUUUGGAUAUGGCAUUAUUCAUGCGGGCGGCGCUGGAAAGUUCCUCAGUGACUGGAUCAUGAGUGGGGAGCCUGCUUAUGAUCUGAUUGAAUGUGACCCAAACCGUUACAGCAAGUGGACCACUGUGCCGUACAUUUGUGCCAAGGCCAGGGAGUCAUACGGCUUUAACAAUGUGGUGGGUUACCCUAAAGAGGAGCGCUUUGCUGGUCGCCCCACUAACAGAGUCAGUGGGCUCUAUGAGCCGCUGAAGGAUAAAUGCUCCAUGGGCUUCCAUGCAGGCUGGGAGCAGCCACAUUACUUCUACAAACCUGGAGAUGAUGUGGGCUACAAACCCAGUUUCAGAAGAACAAACUGGUUCGGACCAGUCGGCCGAGAGUGCAAGCUUGUAAUGGAGAAAGUAGGCGUUAUUGACCUUUCACCUUUUGGCAAGUUCCUGGUCAAAGGGAAGGAUGCACACAGGCUGCUGGACCGACUGUUUGCCAACACCAUGCCGAAGGUGGGCUUAACUAACAUCAGUCACAUGUUGACACCAAUGGGGCGUGUCUAUGCUGAAGUCACCAUUACCCAAGUUGCCCCUGGAGAGUUCUUGCUCAUCACUGGCUCAGGGUCCGAACUGCAUGAUCUGAGAUGGAUAGAGACAGAAGCAGCUGAUGGUGACUACGAUGUGGACAUCACGAAUGUGACUGAUGAUAUCGGAGUGCUGGGAGUGGCAGGCCCAAACUCUCGCAAAGUCCUGCAGAAACUCACCAACGAAGACUUGAGUGAUAGCGGCUUUAAAUUUCUCCACUGCAAAGCCAUUCAGCUGGCUGGAGUCUCGCUGCGGGCUAUACGGAUAUCAUACACAGGGGAGCUGGGUUGGGAGCUGUAUGUGGACAUGCCAAAGCUGGCAGAAGUAUACCAGGCCAUCCUGGAGGCUGGAAAAGAAGAGGGCAUUGAUAACUUCGGGACUUAUGCCAUGGCCUCCCUCAGGCUGGAAAAGGGCUUUCGAGGCUGGGGAGCUGAGAUGAACUGUGACACAAAUCCUCUCGAGGCUGGUCUGGACUACUUCAUCAAACUCAACAAGCCUGCAGAUUUCAUUGGAAAGAAGGCACUACAGGAAAUCAAGGCCCAGGGACUAACGAGGAAGUUAGCGUAUCUCACCGUGGAUACAGACAACGUGGACCCUGAAGGCAAUGAGACCAUCUGGCAUGAUGGAAAGGUGGUUGGGAACACGACAUCUGGAGCAUACAGCUACUCGAUUCAGCAGAGCCUGGCGUUUGGAUAUCUCCCCAUUGACUUGGCCACCAUUGGUCAGAAGGUGGAGGUGGAGCUCCUUGGCAGGAAGUAUCCAGCCACAGUGGUUCAGGAGCCACUGAUACACACCGAACCCACCAGAACACGUUUGCAGAAGAAGAAGAGUGCAGCAUGAAGUAGGAACGCUUGUCCUCAGCUUUGUGACCAGAAAAAAAAAAAAAAGAUUAUUUUCAGUCACGGUACUGAGUCAUGCAAUAAACUCAACGCACAACGGUUGCAUUUGAGAAGUAAACCCUAAACAUGACAUGGCUCUGAAAUAAAAAUAGAAAGAUACAGUUUCUUGCAGGUCUUAAAAAAGGAAAAAAUGUCAAGUCUUAAACAUGAGACGAAUGAGCUAUUUGUGGGCCAUUAAAUUUGGCCUUUUAUUUAAAAAAAAAAAUGAACAUUUUGUUUUGAACAAUGGAGGUGCAAUUACAUAAAACAAACAAACAAACAAACAACAAAAAAAAGCAAACCAUCCCUUGAUCUUCCUCCUUACGAAAUAUUUUGGCUAAUCUUUGACCAAAAGUAGACCUUAAAAAUGAUCCAAAAUAUUUACAUGAGCUUGACCAAAAUUUGGUUUAAAUUUUGGUCAGGAGCCCUUCGGCAAAUUUUGGUUUAAAGUUUGGCUUAAUUUUGGUCUAGUUUUAGCAAAAUUUUUGGCUUGAUUUUGAUUUAAAAAUAAAAAUUCUCAUUUUCUUAUAUGGUGGCACUUAAAAAUUUUUCAAGCUGAAGCCUCCUCCAACUCUGGACUUGUAAUGAUUCACCUCAGACUGGAGAAUUCUCUUGACCAAAAUAUGGUCAAGGGAUUGCUUUUCAUUCCUGAGAGUAUAAGCUAGACCAAAAUUUGGUCAAUGAGUGAGGUUGUAAACCAAAAUUUGGCUUUGGGACACACGCCAAAAUUUGGUUAUGGCUUAAUUUUGUACUAAUUUUGGUUAAAGAAGAGGGAAUAAGACAAAUUUGGAUCUAAUUUUGACAAAAUUAGGUUUAUUCAAGCCAAAUUAUUUCAUACGGGUUGCUCUUUUCGCAAUCUAAAAUGAUGAUGACAUUAAUUAUAUGUAUUGCCCAAAAUUCAUGUUGUCAAGCUUUUUACUAGACAUUGUGGCAAAGAAGUGCAAAAAAAAAAUUGAAAUAAAAGCUCACAAACAAACAAGGGUUGCAUGUUCAGUAGAUUUCAGACAAUUUAAUUUGCCAGGACAAAGUUGCUAUAUUGUUGAAAUAUAACGUUAUUAUGGAAUGAAACCAUCCAUUAUGUUGAAUGAGAAAACUGGGAGCACAGUUUUUAAUUUUUUUAGCUAAACCAGUUAAAAGUCGAACAUUUGAACUCACAGGUUAAGAUCAGUUAAGGCACUUUAAUCAUUGCAAUCAAGUAGUCUUAUUUCUUUCUUUCAGCAGAUAGCCAGUGACUUUUUUUUUUGUCCAUGAGGCCCAUUAAGAAGACCAAUGGACAAAAUGAUAGUCAUCACCAAAUCACCAACUAGACCAGGCACAUGAAGAAAUAGUGUGGAAAAAUAUAUUCAUAAAACUUGGAUGUUUGAAGCUUGUAAAGAUUUUAGCAUCAGGUUAUCAUCUUCAUCUCAUUGACCUUUUCCGCUGUGUGUUGGAGUUGUAAAUAAUUUCUGUUUCGUUGAAUCUAAAUCGAGUCAAGUCAGGUCAGUUUAUUUGUAUCGUGCUUUUAACGAUAGACGUUGUCUCAAAGCAGCUUUAAAGAAAAAUUUAUCAGUAUUAUAGAAUAUUGUUUUUGUUGUUUACAUAAGAAAUUUAUAUCUACCUUGAUCAAAUGAAUAAUUAUUUUUGAUUCAGUGUUGAAUAUAAUUUUGUCAGAUUAAAUUCUGCUCAUUUUAAUAUCUUUGAGAUAUUACAAGCUGAACUAAUUUUUGGCGCCAAGAACAAACUGACCUCAGUCUUGUGGGGCUUUUUUGCCAUUGUGCCAAAGGAAUCACUGUUGUCACUGGUCUUACACUAAAGUACGGUAUUCCUGUAAAUGUGAAUGUUAAUCUAUUGUUUUUAAAUUGUGUGUUCACAGGCUUUUGAAUAAACUCAUCAUUACUGAA